CUAGGCUUCUAUCAAGGGCCGGCCCUGCUUGUUCUUCUGUCUUGCAUAUGCUACAUGAAUUUGUUUUUAUCCAUUAAACCUUUUCAAGGGUAUCUUGUUUUGUGAUAUUUGACAAACUUAGGUCUUUUCGAAUUACUGCCUCUGAGGUCACUUUUAGUUUACAUUCAUCUUAAUGCCACCAUAUGAUAUCGAUGCCAUUUGCAAUAGACCUUUUAAACCAGUUCAACCUAUUCUCUCUCCUCUUAUCUACCUAUGAUAGCCGUCUAUUUAUUUAAUUUGAUAACUCACAGUCGUCUAAUCUGUAAUUGUUGCAUAUCUGUGUAAACUAUAUGCGUAGGACUGUAUGAGUGUAGAUAGUGAUACGUAUGAGUAGAGAUGUUGGUCAAUGUUUUGAUUCCAUAUCGGAAUGUUUCUGUUUCGAAAAUUGGAUUAAAUUGAUCUGCUGGCCCUAUGUAUAGUAUGAAACAUCACCCAAUGCCGAAUAUCAGGUUGAAGUAAUCUUGUUCUUGUUUCAGCACGAGGACAAUGCUAGGGGACCUUAAGAUCUUGUAUACAUUGUUGAUGAGCAAUGCAAAAGAUUCCCGUUCCAUGCAAAAAGAAAAUGAUGCAUAACCUUAUAUGGAAACUUUUGUUAGUUUUGUAUAAUUAUGAGAGGUACAAUUUGUGACCCUCAACCCAGUAUUUUUAGUCGAUCUACUGGUGAUCCCUUUUGGAAAACCGAAAUAUUUAUGGGUGCAUUUUGAUUUAUCAAAUUUAUAGCAACACAAUCAUAGCUUUAUUUGUUCCUUUCUGCGGAUAUUUUGUAGUUUCCAGUGGUGAGUGGCAUUUGUAAAGACAAUUGGGAUAUCUUAGAAUAAUUCAACAAGAUGAAAUAAUGAGGAUAAGUCCAAUCUGAAUAUUCUGUUUUAUUGAUGGCUAUUCUACAUAUCACAUUUGUUUUCUUGUCGCCGACCUCAAUGCUGGGGCUAUGUGGUAUAAAAAGAAGGGAAAAAUGACCGUGUGUGCGGGGAUGGAUACUCCACUUCUCUUGGUUAGUUUUUGGAAGCAAUCACACAGUUGGCUGCAAAAUGGACAACUGAACGAAUAUUGUUUGAUGAUCAACAUUGCUUCAUUUCUUAUUCAAUUCAAUAAGGUAGCAGAUUUUCUUGUCAAUAAUGGUGGACACCGUUGGGUUGCGUUUGUGUUUAAUUCUCAACGUUUAGCAAAUAACGACUCCUCAAAGUAUCAAGGUUUUGAACCUUUGGCCCAACUGUCAAUGGCAGACUCGAGUGAACCCCAACAACAGUCUGAAGCAGUCUGCAAUUUCUUCAGAAAGCCAUCAAAGAAUAAGAAUAUCAGAAAGCGGACAUUAGAUGAAAAUGACAAUGAAGAUGAAGAUUCUAAAGCUGAGAAUUCGCUGGUACACAAUAAGAAAAAGCCUCCAAGGCCUGAUAAUAAGCUUCAUUUCUCCACAGGAGCUUCAAAACACUCACUGUCCUCUGAGUCAAAUGCGGAGUCUAGCGCUCCAAUCUUUCAAUUUGAGUCCUCAAAAGAAAUUCAAGUUCAAGAUGAUAGCAGGGCAACUGCGACUCUGGAAACUGAGACUGACUUCUCAAGAGAUGCUCGAGCGAUUCGAGAGAAAGUACUUAAGCAAGCAGAGGCGGGUUUGAAGGGGAAAAGCAAGAAUCCUGAAGGUGAAAAGCUGUAUAAAGGAAUUCAUGGUUAUACUGAUUACAAAGCUGGGUUCCGUAGGGAGCAAACCGUUUCUUCGGAGAAAGCCGGUGGAUCACAUGGGCCUCUUCGGGCUUCUGCUCACAUACGAGUUUCAGCCAGGUUUGACUACCAGCCAGACAUUUGUAAGGAUUAUAAAGAGACUGGUUACUGUGGGUACGGAGAUUCUUGUAAGUUCAUGCAUGAUCGGGGGGAUUAUAAGUCGGGAUGGCAGAUGGAAAAGGAUUGGGAGGAAGCUGAAAAGGCAAGAAAGCGAAAUUUGGCCCUGGGAGGAGAUGACAUGGAUGAGGGGGUUGCGGACCAGAGUGACGAAGAUGAUGAGGAUUCGUUGCCAUUUGCUUGUUUCAUAUGCAGGCAGCCUUUUGUUGAUCCUGUUGUAACCAGGUGCAAGCACUACUUCUGUGAGCAUUGCGCUUUGAGGCAUCAUGCCAAGAACAAAAAGUGCUUUGUUUGCAACAAGAAAACUGAUGGCAUAUUCAAUGCUGCGCAUGAGAUAAAGAAAAAGAUGGCUGCCGAGGGUAAAUAAUGUGGCUGUCUGUAGUAUUUGUAUACUGCUUGGGUUUGUACUUUGUAACUUCAUCUUCAUGUAAGUUGAGCCUUCCUUUCCUCCACCAACUUAUUGUUGACGCUGUAACUUUUCACCCAAUAUUCCUUGAUGCAUUAGUUUCAGAUGAACAAUGAAUGCUAACGUAUUUAGCAGAA